UUGACCACGCUACGACCACGUGCUACGAGACUCAGCUACGAGACCGAGCUACGACACGUAGCACCGCGCUACGGGACAGGCUUCAGGGACGGAGACUACUAUACUUUUAAUUUAGUGAGCAUCAGUUCAUCAUCUUCCUGGCCGGUGCCUAGGACCGGUCCUCAGUUCCCAGUCCUCUGUUCCCGGUCUUCGGUCUCUAGUUCCCGGUCUCCAGGUCCGAGUGUUCAGUCCUUUCCCCACGCUCAGUUGUCAGUGUUCCCCCGGCCGCCGUCGCCGCUGCCCGUCAAUGCCUAG